AUCUGCCCUGUCUGUUACCAGCCUUGUAUCCAAACUUGACCGCGGUCGGCGCAACCCGAACACCACCCGCCCACUAGAACAAUCCGUAAACACUCCGAACUUGCGCUCCCCCACCAACCCACCGCCUACAUCGCAAUCUCCUCCAAAACACCACCACCUAUGGCUACAUCCUCCAACCCCCUCGGCCCCGGCUCCCGCUACGGCCUGGGGCGCACCGCAGCACCCUCGCAACCCGCCGCACAACCCGCCUUCAGCAGCACACCCGCCUACGCCCCCAACCCCAAAAACGCCCAGCGCCUCGAAUCCGACCGCCUCGAACGCGAGCGCGCUGCCCGCGAAUCCGCCCAGCGCAUGGAAGCCUCCGGCGCGGCCUCGCUCGCCGAGCUAACCGAGGAGCAACGAGAAGAAAUCGGCGAAGCCUUCAACCUCUUCGAUCUCGACAAGGACGGCUACAUCGACUACCACGAGCUCAAAGUCGCCAUGAAAGCCCUCGGCUUCGACCUCCCCAAGCAAGAAAUACUAGCGAUUCUCCAACAACACGGUUCGCCUGUGCCAUCAUCAUCAUCAGGUCAGAACUCGAAGCAGCCAUCGCGACAGCAGCAACAGCAGUACGCGGGUUCCGGUCGCCAAUUACUUAGUUUCCAGGCGUUUCAGACGCUCAUGGCCCAGAGGAUACUGAGUCGCGAUCCCAGAGACGAGAUCCUCAGGGCGUUUGAAUUGUUUGAUGAGGGUGGGAAGGGUACCAUUACACUACAGGAUCUCACGCGGGUGGCUAGAGAAUUGGGUGAGGCCCUUUCGCAUGAUGAGUUGGUGGCUAUGAUUGAGGAGUUCGACAUGGAUAACGACAAUGCUAUAAGCAGGGAGGAGUUUAUUCAAAUCUGUAUGGGGACUUAAAGGACAGGGUGUGGAGAUGCGGUUUUGUUUGCAGUGUGCGACGUAUUAGUCUUUGCACGGCGUUUUGCGGCGUUGGUUCGCCCAUAUUCAGAUCUGGUUCCAUGAGAGUGACAUUUUGCCGAUUCGGUU